GGGCCGUGCCGGGGCCGUGCCGGGGCCGUGCCGGUGCCCGCGGCAUGGCGGGGCUGCCCGGUGCCGGUGCCACGCGCGCCCGGAGCGCCUCCCCGGGCACCCCCUCGGCCCUGGACGGCACCUUCCUGUGCUCGCCCCUCGGGGGGCUGAUGGGCACCCAGGCCGUGCUGGGUUUGCUGGUGUGGUCUCUCAUCGCCGCCACGACGUACCACCUGCACGCGGCCUACGGCUGGGUGAUGUUCGUGGCGCUCUUCUGCUGGAUACUAACGCUCCUUUUCUUCAUGACUUACCUCCUGCAGCUUCAGCUGAAGUUUUACGUGAUCCCCUGGCCCCUCGUGCUGAUGAUCUUCAACGCCGUGGCCACCGUCCUGUACAUCACCGCCUUCGUCACGUGCGCGGCCGCCGUGCAGCCGACGUCCUGGCGGCAGUGGGAUUACAACCGGAGAGCCGCGGCCUCCUUCUUCGCCUGUGUCACCAUGAUCAUCUACGGGGUGAGCACCUUCUUCAGCUUCCGCGCCUGGAAAGGGCUCGGCAGCAACGCGGCCACCAGCCAAGUGACUGACCAUGCGUAAGGAGGGGACAGCAGAGCCACCCACGGGCCGCCCCGCCGGCUCGUGCCAGGCUCGGUGGCUCGGAGGCCUCGUGUGCCACUGGGGCUGGCUUUGGGAGCAGCCCGUGCUGGCAGCAGCGCUCAGCACUGGGGCACGUGGACGCUGCUCUGCAGUUUCUGAUGAUGCUUCCAGCUGACGUGCCCACGGCACCACCCGGCGUCAUCACCCACGGCCUGGCCGGAGAACACGGACUCGCUGGAGGCUGCGGCUCCUGCUCAGCCCUGAGGGUCACCUGGGCCCUUGCUGGAGCAGCUCCACUGAGGGGGCUCAGCCAACGCUGCACGCUGCGAUACUAAAAUCCACUAAACCAAGCCCAGGCUUCCCCCUCUGCUCAUUCACAGCUACAGAGUAAGUAAUUGCAAUUAACGGGAUGCAGAAACGGUGGCAGAGCUGGAAGGUGGAGGUGAAGCGAAGGAAGGAGUCCUAUAACUGCACUUUGUUGAUUUCUAACAGUUUGAAUACAGAUUUUAUGCUUUAAAUAAAAACGUUCCUAAAUCGA